UGUCACCUGAUUCACUGCCUGGGACUCAGCCAUCACUUGAUAGUCCUGAAUUAUUUGAUCUGUACCUUUGACAAGCUGAAGUCUGUCUCCUCUGAAGACAUUAAGAUCACGGACACGGUGUUUGACGGGGUGGAAGUCAGAGUGUUUGAACCUCCUGCGAAGCCUGAUGAAAGGCUCAAGCGCAGCGUCGUUUACAUCCACGGAGGGGGCUGGGCCCUGGCAAGUGCAAGAACAAGCCUUUAUAACAAUCUCUGCAGAACCAUGGCUGAAUCUCUCAAUGCUGUAGUUGUCUCAGUUGAGUACAGGCUGGUACCAGAGGUAUGCUUCCCAGAGCAAUUCUACGAUGCUCUUCGUGCUACAAAGCACUUUUUGCAGCCUGAUGUCUUAGCUGAGUAUUCAGCUGACCCAAAUCGAAUUGCAAUUUCUGGCGAUAGCGCAGGAGGAAAUUUGGCAGCUGCUGUGUGUCAACAGCUUAGCAAAGAAGAGAAUUUGACUGUCAGACCGAAACUGCAGGCCUUAAUUUAUCCAGUCCUUCAGGCAUUCGAUUUCAAUACACCUUCUUACCAGCAGAACAUGAAUAUGCCUAUUCUUCGUCGUUCUGUCAUGAUCAACUAUUGGAUAUAUUAUUUAAAUGGUAAUUAUGACUUGGCUCACUCCCUGCUGAUUAACAACCACACCGCUCUUGAUGUUGGCCGAGCUCUCUCAUUCAGAGGCCGCCUGAACUGGACCUCUCUACUACCCUCGUCGUUCAAAAAGAACUACAAGCCUGUAAUACAAACCACAGGCAAGGCUGAAAUCAUCCAGGAGAUACCAGCGCUGCUUGACGUCCGAGCAGUCCCGCUGCUUGCAGAAAAGGCCACCCUGCAGCUGCAGCCAAAGACUUACAUCCUGACCUGUGAGAACGACGUCCUGCGGGACGACGGGGCGAUGUACGCCCGGCGCCUGGAGCACGCCGGCGUGGACGUCACGCUCGACCACUUCCACGACUGCUUUCAUGGCUGCAUGAUAUUCACCAUUUGGCCCACCGAUUUCGCUGCGGGCCUCCAGACCAGGAACAGCUACAUAAAAUGGCUGGAUGAAAACCUCUGA